GAUCUACCUCAUCUUGAAUACCCUUUGGUGUGGAUUACUCGGUUCUCCUAUCCUGUCUACCUCUACUUAAGAUAUUAAUCUUUAUACCCUAACAUUUUUCUAAAACAUGGACAACUAUAUUGCAUACUUUUGGGCCGAAAUAAAUGGCAACUUUUUUAAGCUAGAUAAAAGAAAAACACAUCCGAAACUAGAAAUAAAACUGUUGGAACAUUAACAUCGGAAGUAAGAAGUGGUUUAUUGCUUCGGCUUUUGUAAGCUCUUGUAACAUUACAUCAGCUUAAAUUUCGGGGCUAUCUGUUGGCGUGCUUAAACUGACUGAACUCUGAACUUGAAAGUAAAUAAAUGUCGUUUUGUUGAUUUCGUAUCACUAACAAACUUACGCAUAGAUUAAUCAUAACAUGUGGGUUCCGCAAUGUAAGUCGCCCAAAAUUAGAGGCAAAUGUGCCAACAUUUAAAAGGCAAAAUCCGACAAAAAGUUCAGCCAACGCGCAUUGAGGAUUCGGCUUACAUAGUCGAGGGCGUAGAUAUUCAGGAGGCCAGGAACACCUGUCUGCUGUUCUCGCCCAAGGAUUCCUCGUUAUCCAGCGGAGCUCUGGCCAACAUUUUGGCCAUCUUCAAGAAGCACGACAUUAACCUGGUGCAUAUUGAGUCGCGAUCCUCGCUGCGUGUUCCCGGCUACGAGUUUUUCGUGGAGGCCGAUGGAAAAUCCGGCUCCUUGGGAAAAGCUAUCGAGGAUGUGAAGAAGCAGUGUAGCUACUUUAACAUCAUUUCGCGUGACUACAAAGAUAAUGCGACUGCUGUGCCCUGGUUUCCACGGCGUAUACGCGAUCUGGACCGUUUCGCUAACCAGAUCCUGAGCUACGGUUCUGAACUGGACUCCGAUCAUCCCGGAUUUACCGAUCCGGAAUACCGCAAGCGUCGCAAGUACUUCGCCGAUAUAGCCUACAACUACAAGCAUGGCGAGCCUUUGCCCCACGUGGAUUACACCAAGGAGGAGAUCGAGACCUGGGGCAUUAUCUUCAGGAAUCUUACGAAACUGUACAAGACCCACGCCUGUCGCGAGUACAACCACGUCUUUCCCUUGCUGGUGGACAACUGUGGCUUCCGCGAGGAUAACAUUCCCCAGCUGGAGGAUGUAUCCAACUUUUUGAGGGAUUGCACCGGCUUCACUCUGCGUCCAGUGGCUGGACUACUCAGCUCUCGGGAUUUCCUGGCUGGCCUGGCCUUCCGCGUCUUCCACUCCACCCAGUAUAUCCGGCAUCCCAGCAAGCCCAUGUACACCCCGGAACCAGAUGUCUGCCACGAGCUGAUGGGCCACGUGCCGCUCUUCGCAGAUCCAGCAUUUGCUCAAUUCAGUCAGGAGAUCGGGUUGGCUUCCCUGGGCGCACCCGAUGAUUACAUCGAGAAACUGUCCACCAUCUUCUGGUUCACUGUUGAGUACGGCUUGUGCCGCCAGGAGGGUGAGUUGAAGGCGUACGGAGCUGGUCUGCUGUCCUCCUACGGAGAACUUGAGUAUUGCCUCACGGACAAGCCGCAGCUGAAGGACUUUGAGCCGGAGGUCACUGGCGUCACCAAGUAUCCCAUUACUCAGUUCCAGCCUCUGUACUACGUGGCCGAUAGUUUUGAGACCGCCAAGGAGAAGACCAUUAAAUUUGCGAACUCGAUUCCCCGACCCUUUGGUGUUCGGUACAAUGCCUAUACUCAGAGCGUUGAGGUUCUCGACUCGAAGCCGCAGAUUUCGAAUCUGAUGGAUAACAUCAAUUCCGAGUUCCAGAUUCUCCAGAAUGCCGUUGCCAAGCUGCGCGUCUAAGUGGAUUCAUAUACAUUUUUUAAUACCCUCUACUUACUAUUAAGAUUGAUCGAAUAAUGAAUAAUGGAAUCAUGCAAUUAA